GUGCGGCAGGCGAGGGGGCGGUGCAGGAAGGGCGGCCUUGCGCGGAGCAGAGGACAGGAGCAGGCUGAGCACCCGUGAGACCAUGGGCACGAAAGUGGCCCCCAAGUGGUUCAGCGGGGCGCCCUUUGGAGUACAGAGCCACAGGUUUGACGUCUCGGCUGUCUACCCAGACCAGAAGAAGCAGAGCACCUUCACCGAGGCCCCGUACUCCCGGCGGCACUCUGUGGAAGUGGCCCACAUAGGCCCAGGGACUUACAGCUCCAAGGAGACCUGCUUCAGCAUGAAGAAGCUGAAGAAGGAGGUGGGCACUGGCUGGGCCCGGGCCCAGGAAGCCACACGGCUCACCCAGCUGCCUCACUUCCAGUACCAGGCCAUCCUGAAGGAGAAGAAGCAGCAGGGUCAAAAGCUGGGUCCAGGCUCCUACAACAUCAAAGACUUCCUGCAACUGCUGAAUCAGAAGCCGGGCAGCACGCGAGGCCUGCUUAGUUCUGGGGAGAAGCGCUUCCGUGGCCUCAUAGGGAACUACUACCCAGGUCCUGGGAAUUAUGGGGAAAAGGGCAACCCUUACACACGGCUGGAGGAGAACGCCUGGAACCGGUCCCAUGCUGAGGGCCUCCUGUGCAGGAUGAGCAACAAGCCAUCCUCCUUGGCUCACCAGGGCAGUGGACUAGGCCCUGGCACCUACAAUCUUAAAAGCAGCAUCGACACAUAUGUGGCACAUUCCAGCGGCACCCGUGGGCCCUACGACAUCUUCUCGGGUGAACGAAGUGAUCCCCUGCCUUUUGGACAUUACUCGGUGCAGAAGAAAAAGACCAGAGAACUGAUGGGUUUCAAGAGCUUCGUGGAAGAACUCAACUCUCGGCAUCACAAAAGUCAUGGAGUCUUCUCGAAACUUCCCCGCAAUCCAGAGACGCCCACGGAGAGGAUCUACUGGUCCACUCUCAACCAGUGUCCCCGGAAGCUGGCAACAUCUGGGCCUGGCAUGUGGCUUCCGCAGGAGAAGAAGUGCCAACACGUGGGCCUGUCCCCCUUCUUCCUGGCCUCUAAGCGCACCAGCGUCAAGACCUACCAGAAUCCCGUAGGCGUGGGCCGUUACUUCAACACCAGGCUGUCGGAGACCAAGGACAGAAGGAAGCGCUAUCGGUCCUUGUACAUGGGUGUUUGCAAGCGCUACCUCUCGGACCUAGCCCGGGACAGGCUCUUGCAGGAAAGACUUACACCUGAUACCAAUUGGAGGUGCUAUCCAGUUGUGGAUUACAACUCAGAUCCGACCCUUUUAAGGCCAUGUGUGGACGACAGUCAGCAGCGACCACAGUGUCUGAAAGCCUGAAGAUAAAGAUGGCCAUGGGAGGAGGGUGGGAGCAGGGAACCUUGGAGAAUGACGCACGAGAUUACCAAGGAGCUGGCAGAGGCGAGGGCGAGCGGGCGGGGUCACCUUUGCUGAAUCAUGGACCAGAGGUCACAGUGUCUGUGGGGGACAGCUGGUGUUGGGUAUCUUUUGUUCUAAGACAUUCAUUUUCCAGAGAAUCCAAACCAGUCAAAGACAUGACGGUGGAAGCCAGGGAGCCGAGGGAGCGAGGCUGGAAAGCGGUCGGGACCCUUGGAAACCCCUUCUCUAAAGCCAGAGUGCUUGGCUCCUUCCUGACAGACCAACAGAAGAAGGGAGCAUGCCUGGUGGUGGUGGGGGGGAAGGAAUGGCAUCUAUCAUGGGGCAGCUUUGGGAUGCCACCCCAGCAUGCUAC